UGUGUUGUUCUGUCGUAUUUUGUUUGAAAAAACGUCGUCUUGACGACAGGUUUACUGACUUUUUUAUGAAUUACUCUGACGAUAUUACUAUGAUUUUAUUAAAUUAUGGAUGAAUCCCAAAAAGAUCUGCCACAAACGUCGGAAAAUAAGCAAGUCCUUCCGGAUGUCGUUCAUUCUCAACAUAUUCCCACUAUUGGAGCCGUAGUUAAAGAUACUGAUUCAGAAACAGUUGCGAGAGAAAGUGAGCAGGAAGUCGAUCGCGAUGUAUCCCACGAUAACAACGAUGUUACGACAGAAUCAAUAUCUGAGCAUAUUCCCUACCAAGUGGAAUCAAUUACAGAGUCGGAGCCCGGUCCGUCACAAUCAAAAGACUUGCCUGAACCUGAACCUGAACCUGAGUCGGAGCCUGAAAACGUUUCAAAACAUAUUUCUUUAAAUCCUCCGACAUGUCAUGCCACAGCAAGCCCAAAUCAACAAGAUUCAUCCCAUCAUAGCACAUCUUGGAAUCUAGAGAUCAACCAGUCAGAUAAUCAUAUAAGCGAAGAAAGCCCCGUUAUACUAGCAUUAUCCUCGGACACAUCAAAAGAUGUUCAGAAAAGUAAACCUGCCUCAUCAGAUCCUAGUAAUAUCACACCUCAAGAUUCACCGAGAAGUGAAUAUAUUGAUUCUCUUAAUUCUAGCCUUAAUGAUAAUCCUCAUAGUAAAAGUAUACCUGAGCAAUCCAGUCCAUCUUUGGAGAAAAGUCCAGAAUCUCUCGAACAGUGUAGUUCUGGCUCUGAAGAGAUCAUAAAGUUAGACAUUCGAGGGCAAGCAGCCUGUAAGUUCCCACUUCAAGCUGCAAAAAUAAUAUUUGGGCCUCCACCAAGUGGUAGUACUGUUAUUGGCCCAACGAUAGACUAUAUACCAUUGUUUCAAAACUCGUUAUCACCAUGCCUUGUUGGUGCAAAUGAUGGCUUUAUAAUCGAGGAAGUGUUCGAAGAGAUUACAUCACCUCUAAAGACAUGCACUCCAGACAAAUCAUUGACACCAAGUUCGGGAAGCGAAAAGAUAGAGCAAGAUGUUUUAGUUGAAGAAAUAAUUGUGGAGGAAGACUUGAAAGAAAGAUGUAGUAAAGAUACACCACCCAAAUCUUUUAUUCCAGAUGAGACAAUGUCAUUUACAACCAUGAGCACAGAUUAUAAAACUAUUUGUGAGGAGUACAAUAUAAAGCUUGUGCAUUUGGAAGAAGCUAUUUCAAAACGCGACCUACUAAUUGAGGAACUAACGGUCUCAUUGCAGCGUUCCGUCGACGAGAAGGAUAACCUCAAACACGAGAAUGACCACCUUAUCCACGAAGUACAGAAUCUACAACACGUUAUCGGAGAACACUCACAAUCCGAGCACGAUACAAUAAAAGCGCAUCUCUCUGACUUCAUUAAAUACCAGAGUCUCAUAAAAGGCGACAGCACAAAAUACUACUCGGCAUUAAUGAGCGGUACUACAUCGCUACAAAGUUCAAAUGGCGAAAAAGAUAUGGACAGAGAAGAAAUCACCGUGAACUACUCCAAAUCCGAUUUAAGAUCUAGCCCUUCCGACGAAUUCCAAACGGGGUUCGAGAAUAAAUUAACUGUAAUACUAAAUAGCUUCGAAGGUUGUAUAGAAGAUAAUAUGACGAACAAAUUACGCGAAAGCUUAAUCCAUUUGUUAUGUGACGAGAUUGGCAAAAUGAGGGUAGAUUUUGACACCGACCUAAAAGAGCUAGAGACUCAGAUGAACCAGGAUAAACAAACCGGUGUAGUUGAGUCGCGACGAUUGAGAGAACUUCUGGGUUCUGUAAAAGCCGGUAGUGCCGAUAUCGAUGUAUUAAGAAAAGAGUUGAGCGUCAAACAUGAGAAAGAGAUGGAGAAUUUGAGGACUUACUUUGAGAAGAAAUGUUCGGAUAUGGAACGAAGUUACUCGGAGGAGGUGUGGCGCGCGCGCGUGUCGGGCGCGGCCGGCGGCGCCGAGCCCGACCCGGCCGCCGGCGACGCGCGCCGCCGGGCGAGCUCCGCUGACUUCAGCCCGCUAUACCUCGAGACUUCCACGCCAGUAGAGAGCACGCUGAAGCAGAUCAACAAGAAGCUGCAACAACAGCUGGAGGAGCUGAAAGCCGAACACAUCGCCUACGUCAACGAGCUACAGGCGAGACACAGGGAAACUGUCGCUUCGUUAGACGAACAGAUAAUCCGUCUUAAAGCGCACAUACAAACCACAGAGAACACGGAACCAAACGUGUCAUUAUACCAGCAGGAUAUCGACUUGGAGCUCGAAAAGGAGCAUCGCGGGAGGGACGAGCUGGUGCGCCAGCAGAUGCUGCAGGAGGUGCAGCACCAGGUGCAGGUGCUUCUAUCCGACCCCGACGCGGAGCUUUCGAGCUGGCCGCUGGAACUGGUGGCCUUGCGAGACAGGAUCCAUGCUGACAAGUCGAGCCAGGAGAAAGAGUUGAGUAUCCGCGACGAGGCGGCAGGCGACGCGGAUAAAUGGCGCCAGAGGCGGAACAACAGUUUCGACCAAAACCGACAGCUCGAGGAGGUCACUAAGGAGAGGGACGGGCUGAGGCGCGUGGCGGCGGCGCUGCAGCGCGCGGUGGCGCAGCUGCUGGCGUACUGCGCGAGCGCGGAGGACGAGCUCAACCGCACCGUGCUGGCGCACCUGCUGGGCCCGCUGCUGGCCGACCGAACAACCGACUUAGAUUCUCGUCCAUCGAGUCCCAACCAAACAGACCUGAAUACGAGCGUGGUGUCCCGAGGCAAACACGUCCACUUCGCACCUGACCUUGACUCUAUCCUGGUUUCCCUGGACGAGGAGGGAGUGGCGGGGUUCCUCCAGCAGCAGCGGGAUAUCAGCUUGGACAUUAAGAACGAGCUCGAGCACUCGCUGAAGAGGCUGCGGAAUGAGGCUCAGGAUCUGCUCGAGUUGUCCGCAAGACUUACUAACAGCAAAGCACGCCAAGAGUCAAAAAUGCUGGAAUCGAAUACGGUGCAAAUUAAGGAGUUAGACUUGGACUACAAACAGAAGCCUUGCGAAAACUGUAAGCUGCAGAUGAAGAACAUGGAAGAAUCAAUGUCGGAUUGUCUAAAAAGAGAAAAUCUACUUCGGUCAGACCUCGAAGCUGCUUUAGUGAAGAUCGCACAGUUGCUCGAAGAACGAGAUUCAGCACAUUCAGAUGUCAUCGCUGAGGGGUACGGCACGGGCGCGGGCGCGGGCGCGUGCCGCUCGCUGGACGACGUGUCGUCGCCGCGCACGCAGCUGUCGCGCCUCGCGCACGACCUGGACGCCGCGCUGCGCGACCGGGACGACAUGCAGCAACAGUUGGAGGCCGCGAACCGCCAGCUGAAGUGCACGCGGCUCUUCGUGGAGGAGCAAGCGGCCGAGCGGGAGGCGGAGCGGGACGAGUUCGCGGCGCGCCUGCACGAGAUGCGGGAGGAGAACUCGCGACUCGCGGCGCGCCUGCAAACGAACGCCAGGAUACUGGGCGAGGUGGAACAGCUAGAAACCCAAACCAGAGAAAUGAAUCAAAUUAUAACCGAUUUAGAAACAAGAAAAGCAGCAGCGGACGAACAACUUAAAACUACGGAAGAGAAAAUCACCCUACUAAGAGACAUUAUCGCCAACUUGGAGAACCAAUUAGAACAAAAGACUGUAAGAGAAACAGAAGUGUUGGAACAGUUAGAAGAAAUGAGAAAAACUAUAGAUGAAAGGGAUAGCAAGAUGCGAGCGGUACUUGGAGAGUUAGAAUCCUUAAGAAGUGAAAGAGUCGACCAGAGUGAAGUGACUUGUUUAAAGUGCUGUCAAGAGGAAGAUAGGUAUGCGGAACUGGUGGAGAAGGUUAAAGAGCAGGCACGCUGGCUGGAAGACAAACUGGCCCGCUGCACUCGCCGCUUGGAGCGUGCGCACGAACGCAGUUCUGCGUGUACGUCCGAGAGGACCGAAGAUGUGUCUUUACGGGAACAGAAGGAUACCCAUCUCGAGAUGAAGUCGCCCGAGUGGAGCCCGCGCGUGGAGCCGCAGUGCGAGCUGGCGCGCGUGUGGGCGCGGCUGGAGGCGCACUCGCGCGCCGCGGACGCCGCGCUCAAGCGCAUCGCGGACUUGGAGAUGCAACGCGCACAACUGAAAGAUGUCGCUCAGGAGGUGCGCGCGGAGCGGGACGUGCUGCAGGCGCGCAUGUCGGAGCAGGCGCUGCGCAUCUCGUCGCUGUCGGCGCGCCUCACGCAGCAGCGCAACGACGCCGAGUCGCUCGCGCACUGCGCCGCCAGCCAGCUGAGCGUGCAGCUGCACGACUCGCAGGCCGAGGUUCAAAGGUUAAAAGAAGAGCUAGAAUCCAAAGACAAGCACUUGAUGAGAUUAAAACAAAAUUUCGAGGAGCGUGAGAAGCAGAGUGACCAAAAACAAUCCAUCUAUGGAAACUCAUGCCUACCAAAAGACAAAGUAAUAAUAUUAGAACGCGAGCUAUCCAACGCUCAAUCAAAAAUCGCCCAACUAGAGGUCCUAAUACGUGGCCUGGAGAGCGACAAAGACGAGCUACAGGCCACUGUCCGCGAACAACAGCGGACGCUGGCCGAGAAAGAGGAUCAACUGAACGAGAUUAUGGCGCUCAAAUUGGAAGAUGAACAAAAUGAAAGGAGCGAGAUUAUUGAGGGAAAAGCAUCCGCUCGAACACUCAGCGAUAUCGUCUCGAUAUCUGAAUUCGAUGAAAAUGAUUUGCAAAUGCGUCGGGCCGAACUAAAAGCCCAAAACAUGAGUCUGACUGCACCCGAAUUCAGAGAUAAAACACAUUUAAAUAGGACAUUACCGCCUGAAGUUCAACGACCUAAUAUGAGCUCACUCAACGUGGAAUUUGGCGAUAAUUUCGAAGUUAACUACACACCCCGGGCAGAUUCUUUACCCAUACAUUUAACUUCUACACAAAAUAGAGUUUUAUACGCCAGAAAUGCUAAUGAAACUACUAUAUUUGGUACUGUUGACAAAGUAGGAAACAGCGUAAAGCAUUCAACCGUUCAAAACAUACCAGAUAAUUGCUCAAUGUACCCCAAUAGGGAUGUUAGUGAUAAUAAAGAGAUUAACGUUGAACCAAAAAAGAUAAACUUUUCUCAAGAACCUUGUGAAAAUAAAACCGAAAAUGAGGAAUUUACAUCGUUGCGUGAACUUGGCAUUACGUUAGAUAUUAAACAGGAAAACUUCCCUGAUAUACUAACACAGUUGAAAUAUGAAAUAAAGAAAUCUAAAAGUGAAUUAGAUGAAUGCAAGUCUGAACUGAAGAAUGCAGAGGAACAACUAUGCGAGUUCCCAGCUCUUAAAGAAGAAGUAGAAGAACUUAAAAGUGUUUUAGAGAAUACUAUGGUGACUAUGGAGAGCGAUAAAAAGUUUUAUGAAAACCAAUUAGAAAGUUUCUCCUCAAACAAAAAGCUUUUAGAAAAAAGGCUUACGGAAAUGUCUCAAGAAGCGACCGAGAAAUCAAAGGAUCUACAUUUGCUUAAAGAAGAUAUUCUGAGAAGAGAAAACAUGGUUCUGGAACUUGCCAAAGAAAAAAGGAAUUUAACGAGCAGAAUAUCUGAGCUAGAAAUGAAAAUAAGUGAACUUCAAUCAAAAAACACCAUAUUAGAAAAAUGUGAAAAUGAAAAUAAACAGAUGAGGGAUAAGAUAAAGGAGCUACAGAAACUAGAACAGCUAGUUACUGAGAAAAAUCAACAAAUAGAUAGCUUGAAUCAACACUUAGACCGAUUAGAUGAUCUACAGAGAUGCCUUGACGAUAAAAAUGAGGAAAUGAAAAACAUAAAACUUGCUUUGGAAGAGAAAACAAAUGAACUAUUUCAAAUGCAAGAUUCUGUCAGUAAUUUGACUCGAGAUAUCGCUAAAGUUAUUGAAGAGAACGAUCAGCUAUCUUCUGAUAAUAAAGAAUUAAAGUUACAACUCAGUAAGCUGGAAAAAGAACAAGAAAACGCGUCUUUAAAACUGCAGAACAGUGAAUCGGAGUUGGAAAGAGUAAGUUCGUUAAAUAACGAAUUAGCGUCAAGAAUCGAGGAAUUAAAAUUACUAAAUGAUAAAUUAAAAGACAAAGAAACUGAAAUUGAAAUUCUUCAGGAAGACUUUAAUUCGUAUCACAAUGAGAUAUCAGCUUUAAAGGAACAACUAAAGAUGGUGUCAAGAAGUCCUUCUCCGAGGAAUAAAAAUGGCGAAGAUAUGAAAACUGCGGAUCGACAAGCAAACAGUGAUAAGAGGCAGUUAGCAAAGAUUAAAAAGCAAAUUUCUCUUUUGCAACACGAGCUCGAUUUUCACAAGAAGGAAUUAAAUGACAAGGCCUUCGAGCUAGCAAAGGCGAAGUUAGACCUGACGGAGGUGAGAACAAACAUGAGCCAGCUCACGAAGGCGAUGUCGGAGCGGGAGGCAGAGAACAGCGACUUGCAGCAGCAGGCCACGAGCCUGCGCGCCCAGCUCGAGCGCCUCACUGCGGAGAAACAGCAGCUCGCACAACAGCUGGAGGUGGUGCUGGCCAGGUUGCGAGAAGAGUCCAAUGUAAGCGAAUUGAAGGAAAAGUUACGCGCAAGGGCCGAUAAGUGCCACGACCUUGAAGCAGAGCUCGCCGCUAUGAAGGAACUGGUGGAAAGGGCGACGGGCGCGGCCGGGCGGGCCGGCGAGCGGCGCGCGCUGGCCGUGCGCUCGCCCACCGCGGAGCUGGAGCGCGCGCUGCGCGACCAGCUGCACUACUCGCACACGCUGGACGAGGACAUCAUGGAGCAGAUAUUAUCAGCAAGCAGUGACGAAAGAGAAGACAUUCCGAGAUUAGCUUUGAAUAGUUCGAACAGGUCGACAAGCUCGAUACACUCGUCGUCAUCGGAGCGCCUUCACCGCCUGAGAAGUGACAACGAGAAGCUUGAAUUACAAGUGAAUAAUCUAGAAUGCCGGCUCAAGGACAAAGAUGCGCUUAUCACUGAGCUAAACAGGGUGCGGGACAGCCUGUCGCAGCAGUGCCAGGCGGCCGGCCUGCGCCUGGAGGCGGAGCGCGACAACUCGGCGCGCCUCGCGCUGCUGCUGGACUCGCACAAGGACUCCGCGGACACGCUACACAACCAAGACUCGAGCAUGAUCGACAUGCUGAAGCGCCGCUUGGAGAGCGCGAUGAAGUGCGAAGCGGACGUGCAGGAGCGCGAGCAGGCCUUGCUGCGCCGCCUGCGCCAGCUGGAGCGCGCGCCGCCCGCCGCGCCCGACGCGCCGGUGAGCACCGCUACCCCCGCGGAGGAGGGCGCGCGGGGCGAGCUGGCGCUGCUGCGCUGCAAGCUGGAGGCGGAGCGGCGCCGCGCCUGCGACCUGCGCGCGCAGCUGGACCUCGCGCGCGCCGCCGCGCUGCGGGACGCGGACGCGCGCGCGCAGCUGUGCACGCAACUGAAAGACGAGCUUGCGGAGCUCAGGCGACUAAAGCACGAGGCCGGCGUGGAGCUGGCGCGCAGCAAGGAGUUGGCGCACGCGCAGAGCGCCACCAUCGCGCACUUGGAGAAGAAGCUGGGAGCCGCCGGGAAGCACAAGAACGUCGACACAUUUACUACAAUCGAAAACGAAAAAACCGAGCUUGCCCGCGAAAUAUCCUCCCUGCGACGUUGCCUCACCGCCGACAGCCCUGACGCAGCGUCCGACAAACAGCAAGUGCAACAGUUGCAGCAACAAGUGCGGCAACUUCGAGCCCAGCUAGAGGCGCGCUCGCAACAACUGAGCAACGACGAGAAGGAACAAGCGAUCCGCUACCUGCACGCGCGCGGCGCCCGGCUGGAGAGCUGGCGCAAGGCGCUGGUGUGGCAGAAGCGCUACCUGCAGCGCGCGCUGGCCGGCUACGCCGAGCUGGAGCGCAAGCUACGGCUCUCCGCCGCCACGCCGCCUCCGCAAGGCCUGAAGCGGUUCAAGUGUCUGGCGUGGGCGGCGGUGGCGGCGGCGCGCAUGUCGUUCCUGGUGCGGCGCCGCGAGGGCACGCGGGCGAUGGCCGCCAACGCGCUGUUCCGGCCCGCCUCGGGCAACGCGCCGCAGCCGAUGACGCCGUUCCCCGCGACGCCCGCGCCGCGCGAGCCGGGCUCCGCCGCGCGACUCGUGCCCGCGGCCGCGCGGCGCCUGCUGCACCUCAAGCUGCCCGCCUCGCCCGCAGGAGACGCUGCUCGUCGGUCACCGUUCAACGUAAAUUCGCCGCAUGAGGAGCAAGUUUUACUGAGUUCCCCGCGCAGCGACGCCGCACUGUCGUACCUGCAGCGCCUGGACGCCGUGACGCGCCGCCUCGCCAGCGCGCGGGACGACCCCUGACCCGCCCGGUGCUGCACCAGUCGCCGGAACGGUCAGAUCACUCCUGAUUCUAACACGUCAGCAUCUAAGGAACCCCGCAUAUCAGCUCGAGUUGAGAGUAGAGUUUAAAAUCUAGAUCUUUCCACGCUUCGACAACGCGAAUGACGAACCGAGUUGUCCUAAAUACCUCUAGGGUUUUUAAAACUUUAAAUAAGCGCAUCAGUCAGAAUACAUCCUUGAUGCAACCUCAACGAGGCGAUCUAUAUAGCCAUUUGAUAUGUGCUCUUCAAUAUUGAACUUUAUUAUUUAAACACGCAAUUACGAUGGACUUUAAAUAUGGACAUUGCCAAUGUUAAUUAGUGUCAAAAUCUGUGAUUAAUAUCACAGCAGAUGUUGAUCUAUACUUUUCU